AUGAAGCGUCCUUGCCUAGAAGACUCGAAGAACUUGCUUCAGAGGAAGGAGACUGGUGUCCGCAAGGAUACAAUAUCAUGCAUCGUGAUUCGACAGCGCGGAAGCGUACACAACAUCAACCACAAAGUGCAUAGAUACCUGAUGCACUCGGCAGUCUACGCCAAGGAUCCGCAGGGGACACGGAUGCAUAAAAUGAUCGACUUGCAGAAGGCGCGGAAAAAUUACCGACCCCAGGAACAGGCACUCCCCCAGCCGGGGGUGGUUGGUUUCAGUACAAAAGUCGGAUGA